GUCCUCUUCAUUUGUCUUUCUUUAUAUAGUUGAUUGAAUUUGUUUGUUCAUAUUGACAAAGAUGGGUCUGGUCACGAGCAUAGCGGCAAAAGGAUUUUCAACAACACAGGUUAUUACUAAAGCGACAGGAAAAUUCAACGAGUUCUUCCUGGGUGAAAAUAAGAGAAAUAUUGAUAAUUUAGACGAGUUCCAUUUGGCAAUUCUCGACAUGUUUGCCACUGUGAAUGGUGCAUUGCCUGGCAAGCACUGGGUUGUGCCUUCGUUUCACGAAAUUAAGGAAUGUUUUGAGGAAAGAGAAAAGGCAGUAGAUGAAGAAAGUAAGAAGACGGUUGUGGUAGAGUUCCUGAAGAAGAAAAUACAACCAAACAAGACAGAUAAUACAUUGCUCUUCAUUGGGCUGGCAACACCCCCUGCAGCAAUGGCAGUCAAGAAAACCGGUGAAGCUGUGCCUCAGCUCAAAAUAAUAAAACGCAUUCCAGACGUUGUGUUUGUUCCUGCUGCUACAUUGCUGACUCUUGUUUCAGUUAAGAUUACCAGAAGUUUAUUGCUCCAACGUGCAGCAUCUGAAGACCAUCUAGUUGCAAAAAAACAUCUAGGAACAUCGGAUUCAGGAUGAAAAUUUACAGUUUGUACACAAGAUUGUAUGUAUAUACAUUCCAUGUAUACUAACUAACUCGCAAUAAGGAACUAAAGCAUAUCUACUGGCAUUCUUGCAAGUAAUAUAUACAAAGGAGCUGUAAAAUUUAUGAAAGAAAAAAAGAAUCUCCCAUAUGCCCACAUGAAAUACAUUCAUAUAACAUGUUGAAGACAAACAAUUAAUUAUUGAAGUUU